AUGCUCCCUUCCUUCAUGGACUGGACAGGCACCGGGCAACCAUGGCAGAAGAGCACUCCGGAAGGCCGGCUAGCGGACCUGGAGGAUGUGCCACCGCCACCCACUCUGCCACCACCUCCUAUGCCUGGAAACCAGGAGGAGGUCUCAGUGGAGGUGAAGCAGCACAUCGAGAAUUUGCAGAAGAGCUUGGGCAGUGCCUUUACACCCAAAUUGGAGCAGGACAUUUUGGCAGCAGCAAAGGCACCCCCGGCCCCAAAGCUCGAGAUCACGCACACAGACCUCAACAGAGCCAAGCAAGCUCGUACACAAUACGAGGCAGCCAAGGCCAAGCUCAAAGAGGAGCUGCAAAACAAGAAGUUGAAGCUUCAGGAGAUCCAGGAACGGAUCAAAGCUUCUGCUAUGAAUCACAAGAUUGUGGACGAGGAGACAGAAGAGAACCAGGUGACGGCUUUCCAGAUGGCCGACCCCAUCGAAGUGGACUUAGGAAAUGAAAGAUUUCAGGCCUUCUUGAGGCCACUAGGUGAGGAAAAGUGGAUCCUAGCUCAGCAUGUAGAGAUCCCGCCUGGGCACCCGCCCCUUCGUGACAUCAUCCUCUACCAGGAUGAGCACACAUACUGUCUACCAAUCAUGAUGCAGGUUCUCACGGAGGAUGUGGUGCUCCAAGGCACAGUUAUCCUGGAACGGCCCUAUGCCACCGAGUGGAUUGAUUCGGUGGUUCUUUUCGCUUUUUGGGAUCCGCCUUGUCAGUGUGCUAGCACGGACUGUUUGGUACUGCUGCCACACAGAGCUGACUAUGGAGAACGUGUUGAAGUGAGGCCUGGGAGCUUUGUGAGGUUGAGAUGUGGGCCUGAACGCGAGCCCUAUGUAUCUGAGAAUUCCUCAUGCUCUACGGCACUUGGUUCCCCGAAUACUGAAGUGGGGGGAUCACCUUCUACUCAGCUUGUUGACGAGGAGAUGGUUGAUUACGAUCCUGUUGAUGGCGGAGCACAUGGGCUGGAGGAUGGGGAUUCUCAUUCUCUCUUCCAGGUUGAGACCUUCAUGCCGGUGCGGACUUUUGAUGAGAGCAUUCUGGAGAUGUGGAGAGUGCAUACCGAAGUUCGAGGUCUUGAUCGCUUGAACAUGGAUGCAAUGGCCUAUCUCUGGAUGGAAAGAACUGCCUUGCAGGGGCACCAGGACCACUUCGAGAUUUUGGUGCAAGGAGGGACUGGUGGAGUUCCAUCUCUGGUGAUCUUGCACUAUGGCACUCCUGUUCGGCCUCAUACAAGAAGUGUGCCUAUCUCCACUGGUAAUCCUGUCUCCUGUGCGGAGGUUCUGAUUUUUGCAGGGGCCAGCAAUGUCUGCAGCGCACCAGGCAUGCAAUGCUCCUGUUUUCUGGAGGGAAUUGCGCCUUUCCAUGAUGACAAUGUGGUGUUGCGUGGAUGGCAGCGGAUUGAUGUGCAUGUCUCUGAAGUGACUGAGAUUUGUACCACUGCACAAUCUAGUGAGGACUUGAACUAUGCCUUUGAGGAGGAUGUGGUCACACUCUUUGACUUGGGACAACACGAGACGGCCGGAAGCAGCUGGGCCGAUGCGAGACAGGUUCUCUUCGACCGUGUCCUGUUCCAUGCGGAGAUGGAUGACACCUUUGAGGCCCUGGUGGCCAAUGUGGUGGGUCUCUCACAAAUAGUUCUGUUCUUAGCGGACGGACAGGAUGCUAUGUUUGGAUUUGUCACACAAAACUGGCAUGGUCAAUCCCUGGUGGGGAUGGUAGAACGACGGUGGGAGCAUUUGAGGGGUCUGCAAUGGGACUUCAUGGUGCUACGCCUCAUGCCAUCUAUGUUUGACUACCACGGACGCAUGUUGCUGCUUGUGGUGCCGCCCGCGGUCAUCAAUAGUCAAGACUCUCACCCAGCAGUGGUCAUUGAAUGGACCUUUCAACUCCGAUGGGCUUGCGUUGCCUUCUUUGAAGCCCGCACUCUUCCCUUGCUUAUCACCAGGGAGGAAUUGCUGUCUCUCUUCCUCACGGAGGUACCAGCUCAGAUGGAUGUGAGAGUGGACAUUAAUGGCAUACGGCAACCCCCAUACGGGCGUAUGCACCUCCGGGCUGGUGACGGCAUACAUGUGGUGUUCAGAUGGCAGCAGGUCCAGUUGCUUUUCAUGGAUUUGGUGGCGACAGGAGCGGCUGCAGCUGACCUAGCGUACAAUCUCUCACCAGGAGGAGUGCCACCGGACUUGUUCGAGGAAUGCUACGUGAAGGAAGGGAGGGCUGUCAUCCUCCUCCCAUCUGGUGAAGGCAUAUACUCGAGGACCCUUUUUGCACACCUCCACCUGGAAAUUUACCACUACCAAUUGUGGUUGGACUCGUGGGCAAAGACUCGAUGGCCGGUGCUAGUUGCUCAUCCACACUGGCACUUAGAUCAAACACAUCGAGCCUACCGCGCUUCUUCGCUCUUGGGGGACUUGAUUGAAGUUUUCUACGUAGCAUCAGAAACCUAUGGGCUGGUGCAUGUGGUCGCAGAGUUAGAGCUGGUAGGUCUGAGACGUGAUCUUGCACUUCAUGUGAAGGUCUUGCAGACCCCCCCUCAGGCCAACAAAGCCUUCUUCUUUUGGCAAUGGUUUGAUAUUGCUCAACUUGAGGCCACCAGUGACCUGCCUUUGGUCUUUCUCAAUGGCCAGCCGGUUCAUCAAGAUGUCGUUGAAGUCCAUGAAAGUGAUUAUGUCCUGGUGAAGGUUUUGGACCCUGAGGACAUCCGUGAGAUGAAACGUCAACGACAAUGCCCGGCGGGAGCUAGUUCUUCAGAUUCACUUCCUCAAGAAGCACAUGCACCCAAUGUCCAGGCUGCGACAGGCCCCAGCCUUAUGCAGCAGAGUCGAACUCUGGGGCCUCAUCGGACGUUUGCCGACAUCCUGGGGGGGGCGAGAGCGCUCGCGGUCGCCGCCUGGUGGAUCCGAUUUGCUGAAAGUGUAUGGAGAACAUUUGCUUGCCAAGGAAUGUCCAUGCGCUUCGAACACGUCAAGAACUCCUACAUGUUUGCUGCAAGUGGCACUUUGAGGCCGGGACAAGUACUCAUCCUUGUGGAGCUCAUUCAGAACAUCCCACAGACAGUCGGACGUCACUCCAAGACAAGACGGGUUCUACGUGCGCCGGCAGAAUAUACGAGGGUGCGACUGUUGGCAGAUAUGGGAGUUACAGAGCAAUGUGAGGCCGUGACUUGCUUAGUUCUUCAGGGGAAUAGCAUGUGGCCCAAGGAAGACAGGGCACCUCGGUUUGCUGCCUUUGGAGGAUCCUACACAGUCAUUGCGACUCAUGAUGAUGAUGGAGCAGAUUGUUCGGCCUCCUCGUCUGACAGUGUCUCUCUCUUGCAGGUGCAUUCUUCUUUGCAGAGGACCACACGGCAAGCUCCAACCUUUGCUGCAAGGGCACUUUUGCGUUUACCCCCACCUGGCAAUGGUAAAUGUGUCCACUUUGAUGAGGUCAUUGAACUGGCUGAUCCUGAAGGGCAUGUUGAGCGAUAUGUUGAUCCUCUGCUCCAGAACGACCAUUUCACUGGCUUAUUGGAUAAGUUGAACAGUAGCUUGAAAGACAAUGAGUUCGGGCACCGCUUUGGACAGUUGUUGCGCAGCCCUGCCUUUCAUGAGAGUCACAUUUGGGUAGACAACUGUGAGUGGCAGGCUCCUGAGAAGGAUAGUGGAAGCCCGAAAGGACAUCACGAGAUGGUUUCCCUCCUUCCCUUAGCGGAGGAGACUUGCAAGGAGAUGGAGGAGGCUGACCAGUACGGUGUUGACUGCAGUGCGGUGAUCCAGGAGUUGCACUUCUACCUCGAUGGCUCGAUGGUGGAUCAUCAUGCGGGAGCUGCGGUAGUGAUGUGGCAAGGUCAUGGCAUUGAGAUUGAGGCGGAGCACACCUAUGGCCAUCAGGGAGACCCGGGCAAUGAGGCGGCCAACACAUUAGCUGGUCAACUGGGAGGUUUUGCCCACCAAGAGUGCGCCUUUGGGAGCCUAUAUGUGCAGACCUUCCUGAGGCGAGCUUACCACCAAGGAACGCCAGCUGCAGUCAUUUUUGUUGAUUUGCGGGCAGCCUUCCAUUCGGUUGUGAGAGAGCUGGUUUUGGGUUCGGCGCUGGGAGAUGCUAAAGAUCGAGACAUACUCCAGGACGCUUUGGCCCAAGAGGGCUUGGAACAGGAUGUCAUUCAGAAGCUCCUGCAUGCACCUGGCAUUUUGCCGGAUUGUAUGACGACCCAGCUACUCCGUGAAUUGCAUAGUCGUACUUGGGCCACUUUGAAUGGGGAGGCGGUGCGCACUACGAGAGGCACACGACCUGGAAGUCCCCUUGCUGAUGCUAUGUUCCAUUGCCUCAUGGGGCCUGUGGUGACGGAGUUGGAACAGAUCACCAAUGCUCGCCCGCAGCAGCAGCACAUGCGGCAACUAUGUGGUACCCGAGCUGCGCAGAUAGUAUGGGCAGAUGACCUCGCGGUGCCCGUACUGGCAUCUUCCAAUGAAGAUCUAUUGGUGGAGAUUGGGCACAUCUUUCUUGCAGUGGAGCAUGCUUUUGAGAAGAGAGGCAUGACCUUGAACAUGUCCAAAGGGAAGAGUGAAGCCCUACUGACUCCAGCUGGUACUGGUGCCAAACAGAUGCGAGAGAGUCUUCGUCUGCAACCACGUUUGGAGCUUGACACUUUCCAUCUUGGACCUGGCAAGCGGGCUUUGAUGCUAGGCGCGCAAUACAAGCACUUGGGCACGACUCUCUCAGCAGGAGGUCUGAUGGGACAAGAAAUUCAUCGAAGGGUGGGUCAGGCCUGGACGGCCUUCCGCUCUAUGUCUCGACAGAUCUUCACUAGCUCUGCCCUGAAGGAAGACACGCGCCUGUUCUUGCUUGAAGCUUUGGUCUUCACCAAGCUCUACUACGGCUGUGGAUCUUGGCUGCUCCUGGCCGCUCGUCUGGCACAGCAUGGGCCAUCCUUUGUCUUGGAGGAACUUCAAUCUGAGGCUGAGGAACUUUCUGAUGGUUGGCGUGCUGGCCUUGAUGAAGAUUUGAAAUGGUUGGCAUCAGCUAUGGAUUUGAGUACGUGGGGCACUACUUUUAGUGAACUGCAGUCUCAUUGGACCCGGGGGCGGCCGGGUUGGAAACGCAUUGUGAAGCAGGCUGGACAGAAACAUGUCAUACUACUUCCUCGCCUUUGUGGCCGCGCAUGUGUUCGAGGGGGAGAAGAGGACACUCUUUUAGAUCUCCUUCACCAGGCGCAGCUGAGAUGUGAGUGUGGGAUGGUUUUUCGGAACCAUCGGGCCUUGCGCUUGCACCGCAUUCAGAAACAUGAAUGGCGCAAUGCUGAACAUGGUCGCAUUCAUGGGGCAACAUGCCCUGUUUGCCUACGCCAUUACUGGACGGCCAACAGGUUGCAAUUGCACUUGCGCUAUGUGUCGCGGCAAGGCCGUCCCAAUCGCUGCGGUGCUUGGGUUCGACUAUAUGGUUGGUUUGAGGGCCAACGUACAGACCUCCCGGCAGACAACUUUGUGGCUCUUCCUGGUGCUACGCGGAGAGAUGCAAUAGCAUUGGUUGGACCACGGGUCUUGGGUGCCGAUGAGAGGGACCUCCAGUAUGUGGAGCAGGAGUUCUUUCAGCUCAGGCAGGAUCUCCUGCUUGAGGGGGUCUCCUUUGCGGUCGACAACGAUUGCAAGGAAGCUCUUUUGCUCUUCAAUGCUCUGAGCGCCUCCCUUUGA